AUGGCCAGUCGGACUUGUAUAUGCCAGACUGUGGCAUUUAUACUAUUUAUUGUUGGAGCAUUAUUAUUAGUCGCUGGACUUGUAAUUGUUCUUGGAGUUUUCCCAAAUAUUGUGCACAAUCAAAUUAACGAUCAAAAAGUGCUUGGAUUAAACAGCGAUGGAACACUUAAUUCAUUCACUGACAGUUGGGCUAACAACAAUUAUAUUAGCACAAUGGAAUAUUGGGUUUUCAAUUAUACAAACACUAUUGGAAUCAUGAAUCGCGCAAUAUUUCCCGAUGUUGUUGAAAAAGGGCCUUAUGCCUAUGAUGAAAUCAUAACAAUGGAUAAUAUUAAUUUCACCGAAGAUGGCGAAUACAUGACAUUUCGCAAGGUGCAGACAUUCGUCUUCAAUCCGAACAAGUCAUGUGCAGAUUGUGAUCCAUAUAAGGAUAAGGUACUGAUUCCCGAUAUCGGCUUCCAGUUAGGAAUGGAUCAAUUGGAUUCCAUAGUUGAGUCGCUUUUCAAAAAUCCAACCGCAAUCAUGGCUUGUGAAUUUAUAAUGAAAAAAAGAAAUGUUGACGAUCCUAAAAAAGCUUGCCAACAAUUGGCAGUGACUAUUGAAGCUGAGCUCGGUGUACUUGUAAGCUUAUUCGACGUAUCUCCAUUCGUCACUGUGAACGUCGACCAGCUGCUGUUUUCUGGCUAUACAACACCGUUCCUUGAUAAAUUUUUGAAUGAAGUGGUUGAUAUCUUCGACUUUAUACUUGGACAUACGCUUUUGAAGCCAUUUGCAUCACCGCCAAUUGCCUUAAAUGCACUUAAUGCGUCCAGUGACACAAUUUACACGGUCUUAACAGGAAAAUCAGACCCUCUUAAAGCUGGAUACAUAGUUGGCUUCACAAAUAUGACGAAUGCAUCAAUUCCAAGUAAUGGGAAUCAAUUGCCAAGUGUUUGGUGGCCAUCGGCAAAUUUGACAUUUUGUAAAGACGCCGAGCAUGCAUUGAAAAUUGAGGGAACAAAUGCGGAUUUUUUCAAAAAUUUUGUCACUCGAGAGGACAAGCUUCCAGUUUAUAUUUCGGAUGUUUGCCGAUCGGCUGUUUUGACCUACGACAGAGAUGUAAAUGUUAAAGGAUUUUCCGCAUAUCGAUUUAAUUUGCCAUCUAGCGAAUUUGAUUACUCAUUGGAAGAAAAUUGCGGCUUCUGUGUUCCAUUGAAAUAUGGAGCAUACGAAAAUCCACCAAAGUCUGCCUGCCUUCCAAGCGGCCUUUUAGAUGUGAGCAAUUGCAAUCAAGGGGCUCCUAUUAUUAUAUCAAAACCGCAUUUCUAUCAAGCCGAUCAUCUUGUUGAGAGAUUUGUACCAAGAUUCAAGCCAAAUUAUGAUGAUGAUGAAACCCAAAUUGAUAUCGAGCCGAACACUGGAACUGUACUGCAAGCAAAAAAGAAGCUUCAAAUCAAUGUGCUUGUCAAUCAAUUCAAGAAGAUCAGGUCAUUGUCUGUCAUGCGACCGGGAGCCUAUCCACUUGUCUGGUUGAAUGAAUCAUUCUACAUGGACAAAAACACCGAAGACCAAUUAAAUUCGCAAUUGUUCACCCCGAUGCUUCUUUAUCCAUUAUUUAUACUAUUAGCAUUUACACCAUACACCAUAGCCGGCGAGAAGAAGUGUCCAGCUGUUAAAAGAGGAACAUGUUGUAAUAUUGCAUUGAAACCUGGCUGCCGAUUACCCAGACAAUGCUACAAUUACAUUAUGGCAAAUUGUCCAGACAGAAAAAUCGCCGUCUACUCUCGUAAAAUUAGCAAAGAUAGGCGAUUAGCACCGCGAAUACCAAUUGGGAAAUGCGGAACUGCCGAGGUCAAUUAUCAGCCAUGCACGUCAAAAGGCAUUGCGAAUAAGCUGUUCUUGGCAUGCUGUCAUUUAUAUGUUCCUGAGGAGUGUCAUCACAUGUGCGUAUAUGAGACCGAUCAAACUGUUACAAGAAAUAUGCUUGUCAACUUGCGGAAGGACAGCCAAUGUCGCAUCAAACACUUGUCGUCGAUUCUGUAUUGUGCCAGUCAAAAUCGGGACAAUAGAAAAUGUUGCCUGGAUUUGGAUUUGAACGCACCACAACUUCAGGUCGGCUCAAGAUGCCUCCGAAUGUGCGAUCCAUCGGGUACCGCGAUCGACCGAAUCACCAAAGAAGAUGUCACAUGCUCGCAGAGUUUAGUUGGCAUUCCGAUGCUGAAAGCAUACGUUGCCAUCGCGGUUUCUUUGGUAUUCUGCAUUUGUGUCGCUGCUGUCGGUCUUCAUCAUUCCGAGCGACGCUUCAAUCAUUAUAAGAAGGUGACAAUCCAUGACAUUCAUCGCUUCGAUUCGGAGGCUCUUUUGGAGAACAUCAAUGCGGAAAACAUCAAAAAGUAUUUGAGGAUUUUCACGCAGGAGCCUCAUCUUGCGGGUUCCGACGCGAAUAAAAAAGUGGCCUAUGCAAUUGCAAACGCCUGGUCGGAAGCGGGUCUUGAUGAUGUUCACACACUUUCUUACGAAGUCCUCCUAUCAUAUCCGGACUUUGACAUUCCAAAUUCUGUCAUAAUUCAAGACCGAUAUGGAAAGGAAUUGUUUAGAAGCAAAGGAGUAUCGCCGGUCAUUAUUGAAGAUGAGCAAAGCGGAAAACAUGCUGGACAUCAAUGGCUCGCCUAUGCUGGAAAUGGAUCCGUUUCGGCAGAGUUGGUAUACUGUAAUCGAGGGACUGCAAAUGAUUUUAAGAAUCUAAAACUUAUGGGAGUUGACAUUAAAGGCAAAAUCGCUCUUAUACGAUAUGGUCAUGGAUUCAGAGGUGAUAAAGUUUACAAGGCUCAACUCAAUGGCGCAAUUGGUGCAAUUCUCUUUUCCGAUCCAUCUGAUGUCGCUUUGGACGGAACAUCUCCAAAAAACGUAUACCCGAACACAAUCUGGAUGCCGAAUGAAGGAGUUCAACGCGGCUCGCUAAUGCAUGGAGAUGGUGAUCCGCUCAGUCCCAACUAUCCUUCAAAGAAAGAAUUGUUCAAGUCGCGGACUGUUGAAGAAGCUAAAAAUGAUCACGUACUCCCAACAAUCCCGGUGCUCCCGAUAUCUUACACCACUGCUUAUGAAAUUCUUUCAAGAAUGAAAGGAAGACCAGUGCCGUCAGAUUGGCAAGGACUUGUUGGCUAUAAUUUGACAUACCGUCUUGGCCCCGGAUUUACAAAUGAUGAGAAGAUCAGUAUUAAUGUGCAUAGCGAGUUGAAAAAGAAACGCAUUCGAAAUGUUAUUGGAUAUAUUCGAGGAUCACAAGAGCCAGACCGGUAUGUCAUGCUCGGCAAUCAUUUCGACGCCUGGGUUUAUGGUUCAAUUGAUCCCAACUCGGGAACCGCUGUGCUAGCGGAAGUUGCGAGAGCCAUGAUGCAGACAAUCAAUGAGACUAGUUGGAGGCCAGCAAGAACAAUUGUUUUCAACGCGUGGGAUGCUGAAGAAUAUGGGCUAAUAGGAUCAACAGAAUUUGUUGAGGAAUUUGUGAACAUCCUCCAAAAACGUGCUGUGGUCUACAUUAAUAUGGACACAAUUCAAGGAAAUGCGAGCUUGCAUGUUAGCACGAUUCCAACCAUGGAGCAUAUUGCAGUGGAAGCUUCUAAGCGUGUUCCCAAUCCUUCGAAACGUGAGAAAUCGCGCGGACGGAUUACUGUAUAUGAUACAUGGAUGAAAGUUUUUCCGGAUAAAAAGACAGGAAUGCCAAGAAUGCCGAUUCCGGGCGGCGGAUCAGAUCACGCGCCAUUUUUGAACUACGCAGGAGUUCCGGUAAUCAAUUUCAAUUACAAAAAUUACUCAACAUUUGAUACUUAUCCGUUAUAUCAUACAAUGUAUGAGACACCAUUCACCAAUAUCCAUCUAAUGGAUACGGAUAACCUUGCUGUUCACAGAGCAAUUGGGCAAUAUUGGGCGGAAUUGGCAAGAACAUUUGCUGAUGAUGUAAUACUGCCAAUGAAUGUUACUAAUUUGGCAAAUAGCCUUAUAAAGUCUUACCUUCCGCAGUUGAAAUCUUCACUCUCUGGAUUGAAUGUGACCAAGAAAGAGUUUGACGAUAUCAAAAACCAAUACGCAUUGCUAUCAAAAUCAUCGCAGGAUCUUCUUCAUAUGUCGCGCAAAUUCGAAGAAACCAUCCAUUUCACCGAGCACAGCUUCUCGCAAAACCCAUAUGAUUCGAAGCACAUUAACGCGGUCAAUGACAGAUUAAUGAGCACCGAACGCUGCUUCAUUAAUCCGCGUGGCGUGUCGUCAACCAAUCCAUCAGCGCGUCACGUCCUCUUCUCCGUCAGCGAUUCAGAUUCCUAUUCGAAUUCGCUAAUGGCUGGCGUUGCAAAUGCGAUUGAUAGCUAUAAUUCGAAACCCACGCCAAAACGGCUCCGUGAGAUAAUUAAUCAGAUUUCAAUUGUUCAGUACUCGGUGAUUUGCGUUGUUAAUACGCUCAGAGAUGUGAUUUGA